GAAGACGUACACACUAUAUUGUUUCCUGGGGUUGCCUAUAGAAUUGCUUACAUAACACCUACAUCUCUUCUCAGCAUGGCCAUUAUACCCUCUCUGGAAACAUGUCAGUCCCCAAAUGAAACCUAUAACGAAACCUGUACAAGUCUAAUAGAUCUGGAGCCUGUUUUGCAUUAUUCACUUCUUCCAUCAAUUGCCAUAAUUGUGGUGCUGUCUUGUCUUGAAAAGAGAACCAGAAGAAAUGUAAUUGAUGAAAAAUGCCAUCUCCUCAACAGGAGGUGUGGGGUUGUUGUACCCUUAGAUUUAAUGGGUGUAUGCAGCAGUCGGUGGGCAAUGGGUUUUGCCUUUGGAGCUACAGCUAACAAAGUCAUGAUACUGUUUACAGAUGGUUAUUUCCCUCUGCGAGUGCUGCCACAAUGGAUUAAAGCCAUUGCUAUUCUCAUCGGUGCCACAGAGGUGGGCCUUUCCUCCUAUCCGUUCUUUGCUUGCCUUUCAACACCCAUGCAGAUCACUGGGCCCACACUUGGAUUUCUUUACACAGCAGCUUGGUUUGUAAUUAUGGCUAUGCACAUUGGACAGUGCCCACAUGGAGAAAUUCUGGGGUAUUAUGAGAAGAUCAUUUUCUAUUGGCCUUCCUUGGUCUGCCAGCUUUUCCUGCUAGGGAAAUUCACCCAUAUGUUGAUAAUAGCGUCAUGGGCCCAGUUCCAGACCGGUCUUCCAACGGACAACACUACUUUACUGGAAACCCAUCAUGCUCAAUACAUCCAACAAUUGUUGAGGAAACCUCCACUGCAGAAGCCUCAGAAAUCUUGGAUCCAGCAGAACAUCUAUGAAUGGGAUCCUCACUUUCGGUUUCCCAGCCGAAUGAUCAGUACAAUGGUUCUUGCCAUCAUUUGCCUUUACAUGUUUGCUGUGAUUGAGUAUUAUGUUUACAAGCUUGUUUCAUGUACUCUGGUACUUCUGAUAUCAAAUUAUGAGAUGCUUCCAGCUGCCAGCAAUGUAUCAGAUAUCCAACCUUUAAAAGAAUUCAUUGAAGUCGUGGAAGGUGUGUGGAUCUUCACUGUUGGCUCUGCUUCUCUCACAAGUGUCAGCUAUGUGUUCCAUAUCCUCACCUGCUACAGAAAACAUAUCAAGAGGCUACGGGCAGGACAAAAGGAAUUCCUUCCUGCAUUAUUUAGUAAAGUUUCAUCUUCACAAAGUGUGGGAGCCAUUGCAAGAUAUUCCGGUUGGCAAAUUGCCUAUCUAGUUUGGGGUUACCUGGUCAUCCACAUCAUACAGUGCCUCUUUGGAGUGAUGCUCAUUUAUGGUUUGGUGUUGCCUGUAAAGCACGGUCAGGGGAUAGAAAUGGCUAAAAGUUUGGGAACGGGCAUCUUGACCAUUGCCAUUGUGAUAGGGUUCAUCGUGCUGCAGAUUACGACCGCCAGCAGAUUUUUUCUCCAGCCAAAGAUUUUGCAAGAUGACAAGGAAAAACCUUUGGCUCUUGAUAACAGAAAAGUGUUCCAUAAUUUCAAUUACUUCCUGUUCUUCUCUAACGUGAUGCUGGGCCUGAGCGCCUGUCUCUUCCGGCUGAUGUGCAGUGUUGUUUUGGGAGCCUGGCUGAUUGCUCGGAUUGAUAGGACCAUCAUGCCUAAAGGCUACGAAGCGGCUGACAUGGGAUAUAAGACAUGGAUCGGGAUGCUUUUUAUGGACCACUAUCACACCAAUCCUAUUCUUCUUUGCUUUGGCCACCACCUUGCAGCCAAAUGUAUAGAGAACCAGCAGCAAACAAACUCAUAUUCUUGCCACGUUGAUCAAUUAACAGAUUUUAGGGUGUCCAAGAAGGCCAGGACAAGAUGGCUGCUGCUUUAUACUCUUCUAAAGAAUCCCUGCCUCUCCGCAUACAGGAAGCCAAAAUGAGGAUCUAUGAAGUGCCCCUGCUGUGUUUUAUCUGAAUAGGGCUGAAUAGUUUCAGAUGUGCCGUAGAAUUAACGGACCACAAGACAGAACAUUUCAUGUCCUUUGCAUAUGAUUACUUAAUAGUCAGCAUACGGUGAUGAAGACAUCUUGAAGGAUGUUCGUUAUGGAUAUUUCUAUGUAUUAAAACCCAUUUACGGUUGAUUUGGAUUCAGGCAAAUAUGAUUGCUUCUGUGGCAGGCCACAUGCCUUUGGAAUAUUCAGGCUCCAUUCAUUUCAAUCAUUAAAUGCGAAGGCAGUGAGCAUUACAAAGAAUAAGGUGCAAAAGAAGAAGUUGUUUUAUUAUUAUUUUUAAAUUUUAUUGCAAACUGUUUUCAAAGAUUUUCUGGAAUGUGGGUUACAAAUGCUUCAGUAAAUAAGGAAGAAAGCACAUAAAUAAACAUAUUAGCGAUGGAAUUCCCAGGUGUUUAUAUAAUAACUGUUUGAAAUAAGGAUGCUAUUUAAUCAUAAUCCGGGUGAAUUCAUCAAGAUAUUGUCUCAUGAAAGCCUGCACUCAAGAAUUAAUUUGUUUGCACUUUUCCAUUGCAAAUCCUCAGUAGAUCAUGUUGUCUUUGAUGGUUUCCCAAAAACUAUACUUACAUUUACACGAUGGAGGUUGAUAUUGUCCAAACCGGUUUUUUGCCACAAGGAAAGAUCAUAUCAUUUGCAUAAAGUAAAAUCAAACUAAUAUGAUGCCCUGCAUCAGGAGGAAGAAAUUAUAUGGAAGAGACAUACGUGUUGCAUUACAAAAUUAGGGCACCAUAAUACAUCCUUAUUUCACUCAUAAUGAGUUGGAAUUGGGAAAAUCUGAAGGGGUUGAAAAAAAAUUAACAUAGUGGCCAUGACCUCAUAAUCAAAAAGCCUCACUUUUUUGUUGUUGUUACAAUUGUCACACACGAAGUACAUAGAACAAUAGAAAGGCACUUCAAUCCUGAGGUCAGGGCCUUCAUUAUAACCUUUUAAAUUCCCAUUGCAGAUACUCCUGAUUGGGAUGUGAGCAGUUAAAUCAACCUUAUAUUCUUACAGCUAGUUCAAGUGAAACCGCUGAAUGAGAAAUAAGAGAGAUACACAGAUGUUACCCUGUGUUGGGAUAAAGGGAAGACAAUUUGUCAAGGUGCAUCAAUCAGUCUGGCAGUUGAGAGGCCCCCUAGAAGGAGAAGCACAUGCACACAAGGAGUAGAUUUUCUUAUUUUUUCCCAUAUACCCCCCCUCCCCCAGAAAUAUAUAAAGAAAGGACAUUUAGGAUUUUCCUUUAUUCUUGGAUUUUUCCUCCCAAGUUUGUUUUUGAUUUCUUAGCUGCUAUGUAUAUCUAGGCUUAGCUGUCACUUUGUGUUUUCUAUUUCAAAAUGUCAGGCAAGUCCAUCGUUAAUCUGACAAUUGCUGAUUAAGGACAAUUAUAGAGUUAGAUCAGUUGUAUUGAUUGCAAAAAAUGGAACGCUUUGGUCCAGCAAGAAUUCUAAGUAAUGUUCAUAAAGAGAAUUCUUGUUCCCUAAGAAAUGAAAAAGACGUCUCAGUCAAUCUUGCUCAGAUUGAAAACAGCUCUUGAUUUACUUAAUUGGCUGGUUCCCAACAGAGAGUUAUGGAAGAGUG